AUGCUGCCAUGGUUUUGGGUUUGCUGCGCAACGAAGCCUCUGGACAAGACUGAGGACGAUACAGACGACUUCCUUUUCCGCGGUGACCGUCCAGACUCGCAGAUCCGCAGUAGCACGCCUAUUUGCAAGCACCAUCGGGUGCUGCAGGACACAGACGAGCAGAUUUCCUUUGGGCACGAACCCCAGGACUCCGGGAUCGCGCCAGGCGAGAUGCCACCUCAGAAGACGACCGGACCUGCUGAAUCAGCAGGUAUUCCAUUGGCGCUGAAGCCCUUCACGGCUGUUGCAUCUUCAGGCUGA